AUGGCAGACCUACAGACCCAGCCCCCAACCUCCCAAUACUACAUCCUCACCUACCCAGCCCCGCACGUCCUGCUAGUAACCAUCAAUCGCGAAAAGAACCGCAACGCCCUUAACUACGCAGCCCACUGGGACGCCGAGGCCAUAUUCCGCUGGUUCGACAAUGAGCCUUCUCUGCGCGUGGCAGUUGUAACGGGCAAAGGAUCAAAAUCCUUUUGCGCAGGGCAGGACCUUAUUGAACAAAACAAUAAUGUCGCUGGGCGCAAAUCCGGCACGUUGUCGCAUCCGCCGGGAGGGUUUAUGGGCUUGAGUAGAAGGAGGGGCAAAAAGCCUGUCAUUGCGGCUGUAAAUGGGUAUGCGCUGGGCGGCGGGUUCGAGAUCUGUCUCAAUUGUGAUAUUAUUGUCGCGUCGCCAACGGCUACUUUCGGCCUACCAGAGGCACAAGUAGGCCUCUACGCUGCGGCUGGCGGUCUAUCGCGCAUCACACGCAUUUCAGGCCUGCAAAUCGCGUCUGAAAUCGCAAUGACAAACCGCAGACUGACCGCCGCUGAAGCCCAGCAGUACCUGCUCGUUAACAAAAUCAGCAAGUCUCCCGAGACUCUGAUCGACGAAGCUGUAGAAAUGGCUACGAGGAUAGCAAACUUGUCGCCUGACGCAAUCAUUGCGACGAGACAUGGCAUCCGGGAGGCGUGGGAGACGGGCAGUGUGGAACAGGCUACAAUUAGGACGCAGCAGGAUUGUUUGGAGAAGCUGGUUGGAGGAGAGAAUUUUGCGAUUGGGGUUAAUGCUUUUGCGAAUAAGACGCAGCCUAAGUGGGUUGCGUCGAAGUUAUAG